AUGAGACUACUUGCUAAAUGGCCAGUGGAUCCGAACAAAAGCUACGAACGGAAUGUCAAGUACUACCUAGAGAACCAGGUUCACAGGCUACACAAUCCACGUAACAAUCAGAAUCCACUGGAGAUGGAUGAACCCUUAAGUGGAAAGAAUAUUAAACACGAUGCUAAUAUGAAAGGUGAGUCUGCUAACAGGACAAGUUUAUUUCUUGAGGUUUGAGUUCAUCUUAUAGGCCAUGAGACGGGUGUUCUGUUUGUUAUUUGGCUGCAGAAGCCAAAACUUGCUUAGAAGCCAUAUAAGCUGAUAUACUAUACUACUAUUACUCAUACCUAAAUUAUAACUUCUUUAGCCAUUCAAGAACUGAUCGACAACAAAUAUCAACAGAAAUGGCCGACUACUCACUUUAAGACUGGCAUCUUUGGCGUCACGUUGGCACAGCUGAACAAGAUCAAUUCAGACAAGUUCAGGAUCAGGUUGGGAUUGGGGGCUACUCGAUGGACGUAUUUCAAAUCAUUAUUCUCUAAAGCAGAGUAA